AUGACUCUUUCCUCAGCCUCUAAGAAGGACAGGAAACAUGCUAGAGAGAGUGGCGGUAUCGCCGCAGCCGUGACAAAGCAAACAGCUGGAAAGUUCGCUCACAUUCAUAGUGCCGCCAACAACACCAGCACAAACCCAAGCAAUAAAGACAACGCCAAAAACACCGAAAAUAACGGUGGAGAAAGCCAGAGCUCGUCUACUUCGGUUGCUUCCACGCCCCCGGUCGAUACGCCAGAGAUCAAGCCUUCCUUCGUCCCUAACAAUGACAACCCUGCCGUCUCGCCCAUGCUUGCUGCAUUGUCUACAACUCCAGCUUCCGUGAGCACAGCGCCGAGUAUGAAUAACGACUGGAUGCGAAGCGGUAUUGCUGGCUCCCCAGGAAAUUUGAUCAGCAUCAUGGGUGACUCGCCUCCUACUCAACCCUCCUCAUAUGAGGACUCGGGUCGACUGCAUCAUGGAUGGGCUGUCCAGCGUCCAUACAUGAGUCCGUCACCCUCAUCUCUAUCGCCACCAAACCACGGUCGCCGUCCCUUGAGCUUCCAGAUGGAUGCCCAAUAUCAGUCCCCAGAGACACCACCUUUGGCUGGCCACUAUCGUCGGAGCUCAGUUGCGUCUCCCCUUAAUGGUGCAAGAAUCGGGAACCUCCCGCCGCUCCCUCAUCAACCCCAAGCGCAUUUCUACGGAGCCCCCGAUAUUGACCUGAACUUGACAAACAACUCUGGCAUGAAAGCUGGUGAGCGUGGUUACUUCUUUGGCUUCGACAAGCUGCCCGAGUGCCCAGACUUCUCAGCUAGUCCAAGUAACGUCGUCAUCGCCGGAUAUGAAGGUGGCUUGGACGUAUACACUGUUGGUAAGAGAGGCCUUGAACCUACCGCGAGCUUGAAGGGACUACGGGGAGGUGUUCAAUACGCCAAGAUCCUCCCAUGGACGCUUGACAACGAUAAAAAGUCACUUUUCCCUCUCGUAGCGGUGGUUCUGCAUGGUCCUGUCCUACCUAGUGGCGCAUCUGACCCUGCACAAGACGAUGGACCAAGUCCCAGACCUGAUGGAGCGGCGAGUCCUCGGUCGGUCUAUACUCACCAGGAGGGCUUCCAAGGAAGACAGAGCAUCGACGCCUAUCAGACUUCCGUCGAGGUUUACUCGCUGAGAACAAGCCAACUCGUUGAUGUGUUGCUUCAGGCACCAAAGAUACAAAUCAACCCUGAAAUCUCCGUUACAAACCCUAUCUUCAGACCGCCUCCGCCCAGCGGUUCCUUCACAAUUCGGGCAGAUUCCGGUACGCUCGCAGUAUGCUCAGGCGUUACUGGCGAAUGUUGGGUUUACUUGCAGCUAUUGGAGGACCAGAACGGCCAUGUCUUUACAUGUGUCGGCAAGAUCUGGACUAGCCUGCAACAAAGCGCCCGAGGUGAGGUACCAGAGGAGACGGAUAAGACACGCACUUCAACGGCACCCCCGCGCUCGAGCCCGCAAACACCUAUUCUUGCUAUCAGUGGACGAUGGAUCGCUUACUGUCCCGCGACCCCGUCAUCUCAGGUUUCUCUCAGAGCUCAUGUGCCACUCCCGAUAUUGGGCAAGGCACCUGGGCUUGCUACUGUAACUCCGCCACAGCUGCCAUCAUCUUCUGCAUCGGUAGAUCUCCCGAUAUCUGACAGUGUUGUGAAUAAGAUUAUGCGCGAAACGACCCAAGAGCUUAUCCAGGGCGCAAAAUGGGUCGGACAACAAGGCUGGCAGGCUUGGAAUUCCUAUUGGAAUAAGUCAAGCCCCCAAUCACAAACUCAACAAGCACGUUCGCCUCCCCAAGGCUGGGCGGGCACUCGAUCACCUCGUGGUGAUUCGUCCCAAUUCCCUCCUACACAUGGAUCGACCGGCCAGACCAUGGCAAAGGAUCCAGGUCUCGUGUCCAUCAUUGACACAGAGUCUCUCCUUUCUUCGUCUUCAAUCCAUCCAAUUACUACGUUCGCACCGCCUCUGGGAUGUAGCUUUCUUUCAUUCUCCCCAUCAUCCUUGGCUUUAUUUACAGCCAGCAGCAAGGGUGAUGUGCAGACAGUUUGGGACCUCUUACGUAUUCAACAUACCAGAUCAUCCCCUCUGCAGGCUACAGUUAGCCCAAACACAAGCACGGGCCCUCAAGUUCGACAAAUUGCACAGUUCUCGCGAAUGACAGUUGCACGCAUUGUUGAUGUUGCUUGGACGCAGGCGCAGGGCGAACGAUUGGCUAUGGUGACCGAGCGUGGUACCGUUCAUCUUCUCGACAUGCCCUCGAGUGCGUUCAUGUGGCCCGCGCCUCGUCGCCGUCAGGCUGUCCAGGAAAGUGGCACUGCGACACCAGAGCAGCCAAGUACAGCCGUCUCUUUGGCAACUGGCGCUUUUGGUGCUGCUUACCAAGCUGCGAAACCAUUUGUGUCACGACCCCGCCGCAGCAGCGGCAAUGUAUCCAAUGUUCCCGGCAGUAGUCUGAAAGACUCGGCGGCCAUGGGAGGACGAGUAAUUGCUGCUAGUAUCAGCAGUUCGCUCGGCAAGACUGGAACCGCCAUCAAUCAGCUUCGGCACACCGGAGAGAAUCGCGUUUCCUUGCCGCUUAGUUCGGGUCUCCCUUCGACAUCAUGCGUCACCUGGGUCAAAAGCCGGAGACAUCAAGGGCUCUUUGUGGUUGGAAACGGCUUGGUGCGGGCGUUCUCCUGUAGAACUCGCCGAUCUAGCGUACAGGCUGGCAGGAAGGUGACACGUGCCAGCAGAUAUCAUGAUUACAACGUGCCGAACCUACCCAGCGACCUGGUAGCUCCAGCUGUGCGACAGAUGGUGGACUUGGGCACCCAAGAUGAGAUUCUCGACCUUUCAGAUCGCGAUAUGGACGCGGGGAACACCUUGACACUCAACCCUCGAUCUCGUGUGACAUCGGCAGAUCACCAUAUGGAAUCGUCGAUCCCCCAGGCUGAAAUAGAGUCUAGUGCGCCCUAUCAGCCUUUCCACACAGACCGUCGGGUGACGCUUUGCGAGUACCGCAGAGGUACAGUUGAUCAACUCGAAGUUGUUUCCGCCAUGCUGGCCGAUACCAACCUAGAAGAAAAUGCACUAUCAAAGAAAAAGAAGAAGAAGGGGCAACCCAUGGAAACACAUGCAUCUAGAGAAAUGUCAAUCACAGCGGCUUGGGCCUUUGGCCAGGAUAUCCCAGUGGUUCGACUGGAUUUGGGCUUGCCCACUGUUACCGAGGAGGAGUACGAUGGCCCUGAGGAUCAUAUUGCUCUGCCCCCUUCUGCCAUGGAGCGGGUGAUGCAGUAUGGCGACGAGGCGCAGAUUGUGGUGACGACGAGGAGACGUCGCGGAGCUCAAGGGGGCAGUCAAGGUGAGGAUGGCUUCUUUGAGGAUGAUUGCGAAGUUCUCGAUUUUGCAGAUCAAAGGGUGUAA